CGAGAUGAGCAGCCGGGGUGUGCGGCGCGCCCGGCCAGUCGCGCGCGCUGCGCCCGCCCUCCGAGCCCACGACCCGCCGCGAGUCGCCGCGCCGCCGCGGCCCGCUCUUCCACCAGAGAAUAACAGAAAACUGGCACCGCCGGCGUCCACGGACACCCCACGCUCCACACUAAUGCUGUAACUGUGAUAUUUGUACAAAACUCCGCGCUCCGCCACUCAGCCGACGCUGGACCAUGCGGGUACACAACGUGAGGAACGGAUCCGUGCCCCAGCCUCCCGCGACACGCGCUGCCACGCUGCGGAGAUGAGGGACGGUCAGAGUGUACCUGAUACAUGUACAAAAAUGUUCGAUAUGUCAAUUCAAGAAGUGAACGGGAAAGGACCUAAAAAGAGGAAAAAGUCGUUAGAGCGUAUCUGUGAUAAUGAGGAGCGUGGGGCUGAAGUGGCCGGGGAGAGUGCGCCGGAGGAGAAGCGGGCCGGCGCCAGCAAGGGCGAGGAGUCGGGCGGCGUGCAGCUGCUGCACUGGCGGGACAUGCCGCAGCACCUGCAGUUCAACCCGUACGUGCUCACCGGCUACCGCCCGCUGCAGAGCUGGGCCGGCUGCGUCGGCAGCCUCUUCUACUUCCACAACGAGACCAUCAACAUCCUCACGCAUGGAGUGUCCCUCGUGUACAUACUGGCGGUGCUGCCAGGGUUGCUCCCCUGGCGGAGCGGGCCCGGUGCCUGGUUCCUAUCGAUGUGCCACCUCCUCGGCGCGCUGGCUCCCUGGUGCGGCUCCUUCCUCUACCACCUCUUCAUGAACCACACGCGCGGGGAACAGCUGUACCAUCGACUGCUGCAGCUGGAUAUGCUUGGCAUAUGGGUCAGUCAGAGCAUAGGAGCGAUCCCGAUGGUGACAGCGACAGUGUACUGUGCGCCUGCGCCGCUACGGUACCUCGCACUCGCAGUCUACAGCCUCGGCAGUCUCAUCGGCCUCUAUAAGGCAAUGCGCGCAUGGUCUCCAUGGGAGCGACGGCUAUGUUUCGCCGCUCCGUUCUGCAUGCGCGUGCUGCUGGCCGGCGCGCGCGCAGCCCGGCUCGGCGGCGGCGAUCCGCACGCUAUACUGCACGUCUUUUUGCAGGAUGCAGUAUCCCUGGGUGGCGGUGUGAUCGGCGCCAUGCAUAUACCGGAGAAGUGGUUCCCGGGCACGGUGGACCGCUGCCUCAACUCGCACAACAUCAUGCACGUGCUCGUCGUGCUCGCCGUCUACUCCAUGCACCAGGUGACAACGCGCGACAUAGAAUGGAUGUCGCGCGUCGACUGCCGCGCGCCGCUGCGCACUCUCUGACGCUCAGCGCACGCCUCGCCACAUCAACUCGCGUCCUUUGCCGCGCCAACCCGCGUCCACACAUCGCCUCCGUCUACUCAACUUUACUCACUUCUACUCAACUCACGCACCUUUACUUAAGGCUUCCUAACUCGCUGUUCGGACUUGGACAACUAUAAUUCUAGAACCGUAAGACCAAAGGAGUCAACUAUUGAUUGAUUGCUCGACAACUUAAGAUAUCCUUUACUCACUUUUGUUAUUGGAAAAUUAAUCAAGGAUUAUAGAGUGAAUAUUUACAACUAAAACACUGACAAAAGUGAACAGGUACAUUUAUAAACUGCUAAAUAUUAGCGCCUAUAUUUAAUAAUCUACGAUGUGACAUCGAUCCCGGCCUUUAACAAAAUUAACGCCCGAUUUUUUUCAUUUCAACUUACUUGUACACAACUUGGCUCGAAACAAAUAAUUAGGAAGUCUUAAAAUCUCGUAAGUUACAAAGUAAUACGGUUUUUAUUGGAUAAAAGUCAGUCUUCCGAACUUGCGUUAAGGUCGAGUUUAGAAAGAUAAAGUAUUAAGCGUGGUCCUCCAAAUACGUCUUCGAGAAACAAAAACAAGUUAUUUUCCAUGAAGGGAAAUUGUUCCAGAAGCACGUUAGUUUUAGAACCUUGGACAUCUGACAAGACGAUUAGAUGCCAAAAUAAGAUGUGCAAGAAAUCUUCCUAUUAAUAUAGUUAUCAUUUGGUCUUAUGGAAUCGGCUGUAGCUUAGUCAAUAAUGUAGUACCUAAUUAUGAUGACACUGAUGACGUUGCGCUGGACAUACGUCGGACAUUCGACUGCUAACAUAUCUACACCUGCUAUAUUGACGAUGCUCACACAAUAAAUGAAACAUUUGUAGGAGAAUUCUCUAAUUUCUACUUAUCUGAUGACAACUAAACAAAUAGGGAUGGACUGCAAUAGUAAACAGAUGAUAUUUUUGCCUAAUUAACAACGUAGGUGAACACAAACGACAAACAAUACUCCAGUCUAUCUGGCUACUACUGUAGAACAUUAUGUUAAUGUUUUAUUGUUAACAGAUUUAUGAAGGAAGCAUUAUCAUUUGUUAUAGUUAACAGCGCGUCCAACCUUUGUUAAAUCUUCACGCUUCGAAGUAUUUUUUAAAGAAACGAUACAUACUUAAUAUCGCGUAUUUUGUAUCACAGUCAGAUUCUGAUCUCACUACAAAGAGGAUAUAUUGCAAUCAAAACAGUUUGUAAUUUCCAAAGUGCCUUCUCGGAGAGUAAAAUAUGGCAGUUGCAACAUGUUUUACUGAUCGAUCCGAAAGUUAAUUAAGCCAUGCAGUCUUAUGUCAUCGUCUUGCACAAUGGGGCUUCUAGAUCGGACCAUAUGGCAAUUUUAAAGUGAGACAGACCACACGUAAAAUUUUAACCAUACAAAAGGCCCCGGUCUACCAAAAGUAAAGCAUCUGACUGUCUUACAAAAUAACGGAAAAGCAAUCGUCUUAUAAACAGCUUGGAUAGCAGAAUGAACUCGUACUCGUUAGUUGACAAUAUUGCGGCCUACACAUAAUAUAGUAUUAAAUUAAAACGAGACGUCGUUGCGAUUGGAGACGGAGAGUACCCUUCUAAUGUACCACAAGAUGGACGAUGGAAUAAACCAUUUAACAAUAACUAGGUAACUACACUAGAUCAGUUAUUAAUAGUUAUAAUAAUUAGUGCGAUAAGUUAUCGAAAGUAACAGUUAUUUUAAUGAAACGAACACUUCAACAAUCUUAGUAAGCUUACGAGAAUAGUUAAAUUAUUAUAUUGGAUUAUAAACACGUUUUUUAUAGAAUAGGUUUAAGGAGUUGGAUUUGCAUACUCGCUUUUGAAUUCGCGAAGAUUGUGACUUUGCUGAGAGGUAGACGAGACAGGAUAGGGUUGCUGAGAGUGGGAUGUACCUAUACUAGCUUAGAAAUAUUAUUUUUAUAAUUCCUCCACCUGCUUAGUUCUCAUUGAGAAGUAGCCACCUUCACAUUAAACUGUUUAACUCCUGCUGCAGUCAAUACUCACGGUACUCUAGCGCGGUUUGCCAACGUUACGAGUAACCCAUUCCACUCUCAGUUACCCCCACACCGUUCUUUCAAUCUAAAUCUAUUUUUUAUGUAUUUCUAACAAAAUUCUACUUACCUAUAAUAAAUAUUUAUAAUUCAAAAUAUUUAACUAACUUCUUUUCGUCCUUGCAAUGUAAAUGUGAAAAUAAUUGCGCAUUGAAUAAUUGCCAAAAAUGUGAUCGAGACUUAGCGGAAUUUUAUAGUAAAAUUAUACUAUUAUAAUUGUAUAGGUAAUUUUGUCAAACUUGUGAUUACUGCUUUUGGGUUUAGAAAUAUUAAAAAUGUGUCGUGGACGCCAGUAACGUCUUAAACUGCAGUUUAAAGUUGAUAUUUAACAUUAUUGUUUUAAAUAUUUGACAAUCAAUGUGGCUAACCGCUUAUGUCAAUGUUUUAAACAUUUCGUCAAUUUAUUUGUUAAAACAUAUCAAAUUAGGAAAAUCUAAUUAUUCCUAAAAAGUCCUGAAACAAGAAAACAAUUGCUGCUUUAUUGAAAUUAUAUCACAUUCCUAAGAACCUUGAAACCAAAGAAUGCAUUUAAUUUGUUCUGAGGUUAACUAAAACGGUUCUGUCCGACUAUUAAGUUAAACAUACCUAAUUGGCUACACAUUUAAUAAAUAUAUCAGAUACUAAUUAACCAUAACUGUACUUUAGUUAUUGUUACAUUUUAUUGGACAGAACUAAUCACGUUUGUUACUAACGAGUAUUUAGUAAUGAAUCGUUAUUUGUUGAAAACAUUAUAAAUAAAUAAAUCAAAAACUAAAUUUCUGUUGAAGAUAAAAAUUGAGUUUAGAAUACAGAAAUUUGUAAAUAGCUAGUUGUUAUUUUGAAUUAUUAGUCCCUUCGAUAUGAAAAACCUGAAAGUAAUAAUUGGACGAAACUAAAUAUUGUCUUUUGCUGAAUCUUGUCAUAGAGGUAACUCUGCUAAAUAUUAGUAUCUCCUUCAUCUCGUCCCUGACUAUGUACGUAUAUUGAGUUGUAUGGUUACUAGUGAACUCCUGUACCUAUCGGUGACCAAUUGUUGCUAUAUUUUUAUAUUCUCGGUGUUGUGUGCUUUGCCGCUUGUAUACAAAGGCAUCGCGAGUGAAGUUGAGAUGUAUUCUCUUACACGACCUCUCUUAGUCAGUUUGAUAGUUUAAUGACCUAGAGUAACGUAGCGACAGUAGUUAGGUAGUUUACGAGCAAUAAAUACACGACAAUUGUUACGAAGUUUGACAAAAGUAGUCGAGUAAAUGUUCCGCACGAAACGAAUGCAAACAAUUUUACACAAUAAUUUAUUGUUGAUGAAAAUUUUUAACGCAUCUUUUUGAUGGCUUUAAUGUUCUACUUUUGUCAAAGUUCUUUGUUCUAAUUAAUUAUUUACUAAACGAAGUAGUGUUUUAGACGAAACGAAGUGUACUUGAGGUUUUUUACUAGUGGUUGUCAACGAGACACUCCCGAUGUCUCCUGAGCGUGUCCGAAUGGCGCCGGGCGGUGGUUCCGUCGCGCGACGUGCACCCUCGACAGACACACGUAACCUGCCACGUUUUGCAACCAAAUAUAAUCAGUACUUUAAUUUAUAUUUUUGGAGUACGAUAUUUCAACUAGGCACAUAUUUACAAUAUCACAAAUUUUAUUUUUCUGUGAAAUUACACCACAAAAGGAUAAAAGAGUAGAAAACUACACAAAUAUUUUUAAAUGAAAUGAUUUAUACGACUUCUACACUCCAUUGACAUAGACCCGGGAAUAACUCUGCAAAACAACUGAUUUGCUGAUUGAUUCAAUGUUAUUCAAAAAUAUUAAAUUAUUGGAAAAUGGAGUGUAUAGUCGUAUAACAGAGACGUUAUUUUGUCUUAGCAAUCCAAUUAGUUUGUUGAAUAUUUGACAAGUUAAUAUUAAGUACUUGUAUGAUUUGUAACUGUUUACUUGCCUAAGUAUCAAUUAUUUACAUGAAAUCAUUGGAAUCACGUUUUAUGAAUAGUUAUUUAGGCGAGUUACGGCGGCAGCCGUUGAAAUAACUAUUUAAGGAUUAAUUAGGUGUACACUGUGAGUAAUGGAGGCUGUGCUAGGAGGUGACAGUCGGAGAUAGUUGCACGUAGCUUUCCGAGGGCUAGGGAGUCGGAGUGACUGGGAGGAGAAGCUUUACAUCCGUAGCUCCGCGAGUGAACGCUCGUCACCCUGUGUUAUUGUUUAUAAAUAAAUAAUUUAGUAAACUAAAGACGCAAUAAUUUAUCACCCUCUUAAUUAAGUUAUUGAAUAAUUUUGUAGUCGUACCUCUAGAGACGUUGGACAUUCCUGAUUUUGUAGGAAACUAAGGAAAUAAUCUCACGUUAAUUUGUAAGAGUUCGUCUGUAGGUGAUAAUAAUGAGCAAUAUGACAGUAUUUAAUACUACAUAACAUAAUGAUUACGAUUGGUUACGAGGUUACUUUGUGACAACAGACGUUGCGCGUAAUUGCACUUAUCUUGGAAUUAUUCAUAGUAAUUGAUUAUAUUAUAUUAUUGAUCAAAAUUCUCAAGCUGUAGACGUUGAAGAGAUUAUUAAAGUUUAUUUGAAUUCAA